ACAUCCCCGAGGCCAGGCCUCAGAAAGGGCCACAGUCCUUGGAUUCCCUGUGCUGAGCAGACACAACAGCCAAAAGUGAGAGGGUGCCCGCCCCAGGCCCCAGGAAAACCCACUGAAGGAGGCCCCGCUCCCACCUCAUUCUGCCGGAGUCAGGAUGGAAAAGCAGAUGUGAAGUCUCUCAUGGCGAAGUUCAGCGCGGUGGGCGACCCCACGGAGGAGGUCUCGGCCGGCAGCCGACCCUUCAAGGUCACCGGGCAGAAUUCCCCCUCAGGACUCCAAGCCAAAAAGAACUUCUUCAACAACCAAGGAAAUGCCAGCCCUCUGACGGGACCCAGCAGCAUGCCCAAGUUUGGGGUCCCAAAGCCACCUGUGGGGGUGAAACCUCCUCCUGAGGAAAAGCCGGAGCCGGAUCCCAAACCCCCGUUUCUGAAGCCCGCGGGAGUGGGCCAAAGAUUUGGAUCCCCGGCCCCCAGAGACCCCGAGGGGAGAGCGGCCUUUCUGAGGCCCGUAGGCCCCAAGCCCAACCCGCCCAGAGAAGAUGCCAAGCCCGCGUUCCCCCGGCCUCCUGGGAACAAGCCGGCGCUCCACGCUGGUGUCAACCAAGACCACGACCCAAAGCCACCGGGCCCGAAGCCCAGGCUUCCCCCUGCAGCCCAGGAGAGCGACCAGAAGCCAGUGUUCCCUAAGUUGUCUGGGGUGCAAGGCAAGUUUGGGUCAGCCUCCCAGGACCAGGAGCCCAAGCCCCUCUUCCCCAAGCCCCCCUUUGGCCCGAAGCCAUCCCCCAGUCUCGAUGACCCCCACGAAGGCGAGAGCCCCACUAAGAACGCGUCUCCACUCAGAGGACCCCCGGCCCCCCCAGGAUUCAGGUCCAAAACAGGCUCUUUCAGGCCAGCGAGGGAAGACCCAGACACCAAAGACCAAGGAGGCGAGACGUCAAGUUCACCUUUCCCUGGCGUGGUCCUGAAGCCGGCCGCCAGCAGGGGAGCCCCGGGCCUCUCCAGAAAAGCCGAGGACAGGAGAGAAGACAGGAAGGUGGAUGCUGCUAAGAACGUGUUCCUGGGCAAGAUGAGCCAGGAGGAGCCGCCUGCCUUGCUCCCUAAGACACCUUCCAAGGUGACGAUGGCCGGGCCCUGGGGCCAAGGUCAGGAAAAGGAAAGGGGAGACAAGAGUCUCGCCACCCCUAAGCAGAAGCCCCUGCCCCCCUUGGCUGUCCUGGGCCCCCCUCCACCGAAGCCCAGCCGACCCCCCCACGUGGACCUGGCCAAAUUCCGAAAAGCUGCUCCUGCGAACAGUAACAGCAAAGGCCAAACACCUUACUCAACAGCUUCCCUACCACCACCUCCACCAUCCCAUCCGGCCAGCCAACCGCCAUUGCCAGCUUCUCACCCAACACAACCGCCAGUCCCAAGCCUACCUCCCAGAAACAUUAAACCUCCUUUAGAUCUAAAAAGCCCUGUCAAUGAAGACAAUCAAGAUGGUGCCAUGCACUUUGAUGGUGCUGGAAAUCUAGAUGAGGAAGAAAGUGAUGGAGAAACAUAUGAAGACAUAGAAGCAUCCAAAGAACGAGAGAAGAAAAGGGAAAAGGAGGAAAAGAAGAGAUUGGAGCAGGAGAAAAAGGAACAGAAGGAGAGAGAAAAGAAAGAACAAGAGAUAAAGAAGAAGUUUAAACUAACCGGCCCCAUUGAAGUCAUCCAUCAAGCCAGAGCUUGCUGUGAUGUCAAAGGGGGCAAGAAUGAGCUGAGCUUCAAGCAAGGCGAGCCUAUUGAAAUAAUUCGCAUCACGGACAACCCGGAGGGGAAGUGGUUGGGCAGAACCACCAGGGGGUCAUAUGGCUACAUUAAAACGACUGCUGUGCAGAUUGACUAUGAUUCCUUGAGACGAAAGAAAAACUCUCUGGGUCCUCUUUCAUCGAGACCCACUGAAGAUGACCAAGAAGUGUAUGAUGAUGUGGCAGAGCAAGAUGAGGCUAGCAGCCACAGUCAGAGUGGAAGUGGAGGGAUGUUCCCACCUCCCCCAGAUGACGAUAUUUAUGAUGGGAUUGAAGAGGAAGAUGCUGAUGAUGGCUCCACACUACAGGUUGAAGAGAAGAGUAACUCCUGGUCCUGGGGGAUUUUGAAGAUUUUAAAGGGAAAAGAUGACAGAAAGAAAAGUAUACGAGAGAAACCUAAAGACUCUGAGUCAGACAAUAAUGAAGGUUCAUCUUUCCCUGCUCCUCCUAAACAAUUGGAUGUGGGGGACGAAGUCUAUGAUGAUGUUGAUGCCUCUGAUUACCCCUCGCCUUCGGCAGACAUGAGUCAAGGAGCCAAGGCCAAAACAGAAGAGAAAGACCUUAAGAAGCUAAAAAAGCAGGAAAAAGAAGAAAAAGACUUCAGGAAAAAAUUUAAAUAUGAUGGUGAAAUUAGGGUCCUGUAUUCAACCACAGUUGUUCCAUCCUUAACUUCUAAAAAGUGGGGGAACAGAGAGCUACAGGUGAAGCCUGGCGAAUCCCUCGAAGUUAUACAAAACACCGAUGAUACAAAAGUUCUCUGCAGGAAUGACGAAGGCAAAUAUGGUUAUGUCCUUAGGAGUUACUUGGUGGACAAUGAUGGAGAGAUCUAUGAUGAUAUAGCUGAUGGUUGCAUCUAUGACAAUGACUAGCCCUCAGCUUUGGUCAUUCUGCAGUGUUCAUUUGAUGCCAAUAUGAAGUCUGGGUUUUAAUUGACAUACAUGAUUGGUUAUCAUAUAAAUGAAUGCACAAAACUGCUUGUUAUCAUUUGUUGUAAAUUCUGAGUAUCUUUAUAAAGUUUUAACAUUUGGACUUGAAAAAUGACCUCUCUGUUUAAUCAACAUCUUGGAAGACUACAUCAAUGAGAUAAGAAUCAUUAAAUAUCCCAUCUCUGCCUCAGCUAAAAGGAUGAAGGCGCUUCUUUUAGACCAUCAAUAGCAACCCCCCUUCCAAAAAACAAUCAUUUGAGAAGAAAUGACUGUGUUGUCUAAAGAUAUCCAAGGAAGAAAAAUAAAGAAAUAUUUAAAAAGGCCCCGCAAGAAGAAAACUGUUGUUUGCACCUCUGAUUGUGACUAUAUCUUAUAUUCUCUAUUCAAAUGAUCUGUCUUUAAAAAGGCUGACCUCUUGUCUCUCUUGCUGGUGGGUUAAAUGAUUUUCAAAAAUUAUAAUAGUAGCAGCACUUUUGUAUAAAGUUUGCCCCUGUUUGUUAAUUGUGAAUAUGUGUUAAUUAUUUGAUAAGAAUGUAUGCAUUUUGGUAUGCACACCUAAGAUUAAAACUGUGGAAAGAUCUGAAGGUUUCUUUUUUCAGAUUCCUUCGCUGGCCUCAUAAUCCUGUGCUCUGUUUAAAGUGCUCUAAGUGAAGUAACAGUGAGGCUUACUCUAAAAUUAUGCAGAAUGGAAUUCGGAAUUUGAAAUUACCCUUUUAUGGUGCAUCUUUACUAUGAAGACUUUUUAAGAAGUUUUUGUUUUUGUUUUUCAAUUACCUCUAUGGAGCUCUUUAAAAAACCGCUUUACUGGAAAGUUAGCCAACAGAGGGAGUACAAAUUAAUCAAUCCUAGAGUUCAUAUUAGGGUGUUCCUAUUGGUACACCCUCUUCCCAAAGCAACCUAGAAUCAAAAUGUGAAGCGUUUGGGUCCCAAAUACUAAGAACACUAAACAUCAUGAUACAAAAUGCAAAACCCUGACUCCCAAGAAGACUGCGUCUGUCUGAAGAGUGACCCACGGAACUGAAAUAAUUUCAAAUGAUUGUACAGGACCUCGAAGCCUUCAUAUGGGUAAAGUAGGAUUCCCAUUAGAUGCAUUGGAAUUUGCAAAUAGAACAUCAACAUCGACUGCUCAAUUUAUACAUUCUGGAAGUGUGAGGCCCCCAGAUGAGAAGCCACUGAUCUCAAAGAUCCCCCCAAUUAUGAAAUAUUUUUUAUGUUUACCUUUUGAUGGGGAAACGAGUCUAAGCUCACAUGAUGAACUUAAUACCAGGGCCAGAAUGUUUUCUGUUUGUUAAAUUUGGUAACCAAUAUACAUAAUACACUGACAGUAUAUUUUCAGCGUUUUUUGUUUUUGUUUUUUCUGAUUGAGAACAGUAUAAAUUCCAUUGAGUAUCAGUUUUUUUUUAAAUUCCAAAUUAGAUCAAGGAAAUAUUUUAGAGUUUUGGUUUAUAAACCAAGAAAUAGGCUCACACAUCUAGGAAAGAUUUGUGUAAUAGGUUAUCAUCUUAAUAUAAAAUAAAUAUUGGAAGUAUGAAUUUUAAUGUACUAAAUAUUACUUCUGUUAUAGUUUUAUGUUUGGGAUUUGGUCAGGUAAGAUUAAUAAUACCUUCAGCAGAAAAGUUUGCCUCCGACUUCAUCAAGAAAUCUAAGCCAUCUAUCUGCCUUUCUCUCCCAUAACUUCCUGCCACAUCUGCAAGAGUCUUUCUCUCAGUCUGUCAUCACCUCUUCUUGCCUCAGCCUCAGAGGAUGGGCCAAACUUCAGUGCUCCUGAUACUUUGCCUCCGAUUUUGUGGUAGAAAUUGAGAUAACCAAGUGUAAUUUCCUUCAACUUCCAACAACAUUCAACCUUUGCCCCAUAUCCAAACACUGGCUUAGAGAAUAAGACGUUGCUUCUCGGAUUGAUAGCCACAAGCCAUUUCUUCCUCUUGCCUGCUCCCAUGUUUUCUUCCUCCCCAAUUAAUUCAUUCUCUUUCCCUUUCUCUCUCUCUCUCUCUCUCUCUCUCUCUCUCUCUCUCUCCCCCCCCCCCCCACCCUCUCUCUAUCCAUAUUUUCUUCCCUCCUUUUCUUUAUUUUACCUUCUCCCAUUGUACAGAUUCCCUCCUCUAGGCUUGCAAAUACACUGAAAUCUUUUCCAUUCCCAAAACAGCAGGAAACCUU